UUGUCGCGAGCCCGCAACAUUUCUUGCGAGUGGGAGGCAGGGUCGCACGGUUUCGGAAGCUGGAGCUGCUCGACUGGCAUCGUCCAAUCGUCUGCCUUCCUCGGUCGUCAAACAUUUCGCUGCCUUUUCAUUCGCCCGUGGCCCUUCAUCCAUUCCAUCAUCUCCAUCGUCUCCGUGUGUUCCUCUCCACCACAUCACACCACACCAAACCAUGCCACACCACCGUUCAGUUUUGCUUGCCAGUCCAGUAGAAAAUGGUGGGCGGGAAAUAGGAGGCUUGCCUGAGAUGAGAUGACCAGCAGUCAUGGUUGCUUGACCUAAUUCGGAACAAGGUUCCGCUGGUUCUGUUUCAGAAAUCUAUUCCGAUUGGUAUAUUAUAGUCAACUGAUUUUUCCAGCCCACUUGCGACAACCAGCGGACCCAUAGCCACAUGUGCUGAAUAAAACAGGCUUUUUUUAAAUCGUGACUGGCUUUUUUUGGAACUUGUCCUGCACUAGGUCCUUCGCUUUCACGCAACGCCAGCGCACGCCAUUGCGUCAAUGGAGCGGCCGCGAUCGACGCACGAGGACCUGAGCGUGGCGACGCCGUGCUCGCCAGGCGCCGAGUACCACUCGGCCCCGGAACUCAGAGGCACUCCCACGCCCACCGCUGAGCCGCGGGCCAGAUUCCACGUCUUCGACGGCUUGGAGCCGGGCCGGUCGGAGCCGGACUGGCUGGGGACUAACCGGUUCGAGUCCGGCAGCAGCAACAGCCCGAGCGACGGGCGCGCGAGCGAGUCAGACGCGUUCCUGUCCGCGUGGUCGCCGCCGCACGCAGGACGAGAGGAUGACACGCGGAGCGUUACAUGGUUACCGCCGUUCUGGCAAUGGUCGCGGCCACAGCACGCGCGGAGCAGCAGCGGGGGGGGCAGCAGCGGGUGGGGCGGCAGCGGGUGGGGGUGCAGCGCGUUGGACCCCAGCAGAGCCGUGUGCUGCUUGCUGGAUCCCUGCCGGGCCGUCUGCUCGCCCAAGUUCUUCUGGCAGGUGGCGUCCGUGGCGCAGUGGUGCACGUUCAACGUGAUCAUGAUUCUCGUGAACAACGAGAUCUUCCAGCGCUACGGCUUCACCUUCCCCUUGACGCUCACAGCCAUCCACUUCGCGCUCUCCUUCGUCGGCGCCUUCACAGCCAUCGAGGUCCUGCACGUGUGCCCCAAGGCGGCGGUGGAGGCGGGCGACAUGAUGGCGUGGGUGGUGCCCAUGGCCGUGGUGACGUGCUUCAACGUGGUGCUCGGCCAGCUCUCCCUGCGUUACGUGCCGCUGCCUGCCCUCCUCUCCACCAAGGCCCUCUCGCCCGGCCUCACCGUGGCGAUCCAGUCGUUGGCGCUGCAGACGGAGUACGACUGGCAGCUGUGCGUGUCGCUGCUGCCCGUGAUGCUGGGCGCCAUGCUGGCCUAUGCGCCCGACGUGCACUUUGCGCUGCCCACGUUUCUGUCGGCGCUGUGCUGCGUGGUGCUGAGCUGCGCCACUGUCAUCUGCGCCGAGGUGCUGCUCAAAGGCAAGCAGUACAGCCUCGACUCCCUCAACGCUCUGUACCAGCUGGUGCCCUACUCGGCGCUCAUCCUCGCCCCGCCAGCAGCGGUGCUGGAGGGGUGGCAGCUGUGGGGGUGGUUCAUUGCGCAGGCCAACCCCUGGCCCGCUGUCAUCGCCAUCCUCAUUAGUGGCUGCUUCGCCUUCUGCCUCAACUUCUCCCUCUUUUACACAAUUCAAAAGACCAGUGCGCUGACAUUCAACGUGGCGGGCAAUCUGAAGCUCGUGAUCACGCUGGUUUUCUCGUGGCUGCUCUUCCGCACGCCCAUGGCGCCCAUCAGCCUGCUCGGCUGCCUGCUGGAGCUGGUGGGCGUGGGGUGCUACGGCUGGGCCAUCUUCUCCAUGCGCAAGCGACAGGUGGAGCUGCUGCGCUCGCCCUCGGCGCAGGUUAGGGUGGAGCAGGAGGCCAGUGAUGACAUUGUGCAGGUGUACUUGGGAGCCAUGCUAUAACGUCUCCGUCGAUUUUGUCUGUUGUUUCUUGGCUUUGUGCCUUACAUGGCGGGGAAUCAUGUGAACAACGAGGCUCAAGGUUGUUGGUUGAAAGGAAGUAGAAGUUACCAAUGCGCUCUAAUUUGGAAAGUAUAU